AAAAAAAAGAAAAAGAAAAAGAGAAUUGAAUUUAUUAUUGCCCUGUUUGUGGCUGACAUUGUGAAACAGGGCUGAUUCUUCGAGGAUCAAAUACUUAACCGCUAAGGUUUCAUCCAGACCCUUCCAUGUAUAUAUAUAGAGACAGACGCGAGACAAGAACAGGAAUGUAUGGUAUAAAAGGAGAAGCGGAAGAGAGACACAUCGAGAGAGAGAGCGAGAAUAACAGUGUGUGUGAUUUUCUUUUUGUACGAAUGGGAAUGAACAUGGCAACGCAAAACGAUAGAGAAAGAGAGAUCAAGAAAUUGGAAGAAGAAGACGACGACGACGAUGAUAAGGCGGUGGAUUAUUUUUAUAAAUUACCUGGAGAUUGUAUUGCCAACAUCAUCUCCUUCACGUCUCCUUGCGAUGCGUGUCGUUUCUCUCUGGUUUCGCCGGCAUUUAGGUCGGCCGCUGAAUCUAACUCCGUUUGGGAGAGGUUUCUCCCACCCGAUUGCUACUCUAUCAUCUCUCGCUCUCCCUCUCCUCUUCCUCUUCUCUCUUGUCUUUCAAAGAAAGAUCUCUAUUUUUCUCUCUGCGACUUUCCGCUCUUCAUCGACGACGGCAAGAAGAGCUUUUCACUGGAAAAAUGGAGCGGUAAGAAAUGUUACAUGAUCUCUGCAAGGGAUCUAUUAAUCGUUUGGGGUGAUACUUCGAGGUAUUGGAGAUGGAUUCCUCUGCCCGACGCAAGGUUUCCUGAGGUUGCCGAGCUUAUCGCUGUUUGUUGGUUCGAGAUCCGUGGCAAGCUUGAUGUUCGUAUGUUAUCUCCAUUGACAACGUACGCGGCUUACCUUGUAUUCAAGUCUACUACAAGUGCAUAUGGAUUUGAACACCUCCCAGUGGAGACUACCUUUGGAUUUGUAGGGGGAGAAACAAGCAAGAGGAAUGUGUAUUUGGAUGCCGAAAGAAGGAGGAGGCAGAGGUACCCAACUUUGCCAAGAAGGCUUGGUCGAAACUAUCGGAGCACCAUUCUGGAUUCUCGAUCAUGUGUUCCUGAAGGGAAUGAGAAUGGUACAUAUCCAAAAGAGAGAAAAGAUGGGUGGUUGGAAAUUGAGCUUGGUGACUUCUACUGUGGAGGAGAUGGACAAGAUGGUGAGUUGGAAAUGAGCGUUCUUGAGGUCAAGCGUGGUAACUGGAAGGGAGGUUUCAUUUUUGAAGGGAUCGAGAUCAGACCAAAAGGGGUAUAGAGAGGAAAAAGACUUUCCUCGCAAUGAAUCAAUAGCUUCAAUGUUGCUAAAAUAUCGUAAUUAAGCAAUGCCAAAUGUCAAUUUCUUCGUUUUAAAUUCUCGAAUUCCUUUGUGUUCGAGUGCUAUACAAGUGUUUCAAGUGUUUUUAUUGUCUAAAAGUCUCUUAAGUCUCUUAAGACAGACGUGGUAGUUUAUAUUGUUGUUCUGAGAUUAAAAUGUUUUAUCGUUAAUUAUAUCUUUUACCGAUGAAAAUGGUGGUUAAAUUCA